GCAAGCUUUGUCCGUACCAUUUUAUUCCUCCUGGGUUGCUUAUUCCUCUAACAGCUAUAUACGACACAAGAUACGGGGAGAUUGAGGAAAAGCAGAGUGAACUGAGAAGAAAUCUGCACUUCAGGCUUGGUCUGCCCUUGGAUCGUCCUUUAUUACGGACUUCUAAUGCACUAACUUUUGGUGCCAUGGAAAGGCGAGAUAGAAGCUCAUCUAAAAGUGGUUCCUCAUUGCUUCGAGAUGUCCACAAAGAAAUUCCAUCUAGUGGUGUAUCUGGAGGAAUCAUGUCAUUGAUUGAGGGUUCAUAUGAGUAUUACCAUUACCUACAUGAUGGUAUCGAUGACAAUGGAUGGGGAUGUGCUUACCGUUCUCUACAAACAAUCAUGUCUUGGUACAGGCUACAACAGUAUUCGUCUAUAAAUGUUCCUUCACACAGGGAGAUCCAGCAAGUUCUUGUUGAAAUUGGUGAUAAGGAUCCAUCAUUUAUUGGAUCUCGGGAAUGGAUUGGAGCGAUAGAAUUAAGCUUUGUGCUUGACAAACUUCUUGGUGCUAGUUGCAAGAUAAUUAACGUGAGAUCUGGUGAUGAGCUUCCUGAGAAAUGCAGAGAACUUGCGAUACAUUUUGAAACCCAGGGAACUCCUGUAAUGAUUGGUGGUGGAGUUUUGGCUUAUACCCUUCUGGGAGUUGAUUACAACGAAGCCAGCGGUGAUUGUGCUUUUCUCAUCCUUGAUCCACACUACACUGGUGGUGAUGACCUCAAGAAGAUUGUUAAUGGUGGGUGGUGCGCGUGGAAGAAGUCUGUCGACAGCAAGGGUCGGAGCUUCUUCUUGAAGGACAAGUUCUACAACCUCCUUCUGCCCCAAAGGCCCAAUAUGGUGUGAGAACCGGAUAAUUUUAGAUCAAGCAUUCGCAUAGUGACUGGGUUGUGACUUACAUUACAACAAUAGGCGUUGGCCGAGUCCAUAGAUAUUGUAUUUCCAGCAUGAAUAGAUUUGAGGUAAUAUCAUCGGAAGUCAUAAAACUUGCACUCAA